GGGUGCUCUCAAGAGUGUCCUUCGAGCUCUGAACGUCUACGAUUUCACCACGGACGACGCUGCCCGACGUCCUUUCGACGCUGCUCGAGUUCGCGCGGUUCGUGACGGAGGCGUUCACCCCAAGCCAGUCGGCGCAGUGGUAGGGCCCGACGCCCUGCCGAUGGCGGCUGACCCUUGGAAGUGGAUAUUUAGAACUCCAACCGAUGAGAACAGGAUCGCCGAGGAGACGACGAUCAAGCCCUACCUCGACCCAGUGCUGCGCGACCCUCGUCACAUGGGCGCCUUCACGGUGAUCAGGAAGGACGGGUGCCAUCUGAGGCUGGUCUUGGACUGCAGGCCGGCGAACGUCCUGCAUCGCGCUCCUCCAGUCAGUCAGCUAUCCACGGCGUCGGCGCUGGCGGGCCUCGCGCUGCGGGACGGAGAAACCUUGGCCGCUGAGCACGACGCUGCGGGCCGACCCUUGGACAUGCACUUCUCGGGCGCGGACCUCACCGACGGCUACUUCCAGUUUGAGUUCGAGGAGGUCGCGGGGUACUUUUGCCUGGCCCAUAGGGUGAAGGCGAGCGACUUCGGCAUCAAGACGGUCUUCGACGAUGAUCGUCGCUGCUGGGACCCGGUGGACGCCGACGAGAUGCUGUGGACGUGUGUCAAGGUGAUCCCGAUGGGCUGGACGUGCCGGGGUUUCCCAUUCUCGCGCCCUACGUGGACAACGCUCCUGAUAUGCUGGAACCGAGAGGACGCCGAGGAUAGCUUCAGGUACCUGUUGGACGAGCUGAAGCGCAGCGGGUUCGUGUGGCGCGACGAGAUCUGCGCGGAGCACGACGUCGUACAGGUGGGCCUUCGGCUGCGAGGAGGACCUCGCCCGAUCGUCGCUCACAAGUCAGAGCGUACCUGGCGGCUGUACUACGCUCUUCACGCGGCCAUUCGGUGCCGGCGUUUUUCGGACCGGCAGGUCCGACGGCUGGUGGGGCACCUGGUCAAUCACUUCAUGUUGUUCCCGCCGUUCAUGUCAGUUUUGCACGAAGUCUGGCGCUGGCUCACCGAUAACGUGGAGCGGGUGAGCGUCCUGACGCCGAUGGUGAUUGGCGAGAUGCAGACGGCGGCGGGACUAGUGCUCAUCACAAGGCAUCAGAUGCGUUUGAGGACGGCGACCACGGUGUUCUGCUCGGACUCCAGCGGUAAAGGCUACGCACUCCACGUCGGCCAUUUCUCUGAGCGAGAAGUCCUAGACGCGACGAUGUGGAGAGAGCGGUGGCGGUUCAAGACCAUCGAGGAGUACGCGCAGGACUGUGACGACGACGCCGCUACGGGCCCCAGCCCCAUCGCGGCGGGCCCCAUGUCGCUCGCGCCCGCCUUCGAGGAGGAGCUGGGCUUCACCGAGAUCGGAGCCUCGGAUCUGACGUCGACUUCGCGGAGGGCGGGCUCGUCUCGGGUGGCCUCGCGGCGCGCGACCGUCACCUUGGACACUCACGCGGUGCCCGAGCUCGCUGUUCUGUCGGUCGGGGACAACUUGUCGGAGAUCCUGGCGACCGAGAGAGGGCGCGCCAAGGCCGGGGGCUUCGAGACCUCGCAGAUAGAGACCGAGUUCGAGCCGCCGGGUCGCCCAGCCUGGGCGCAGGCACCCCGUGUACUGUGGUUGAGCGUCAUGCUCCACCUCGGGCUUUUCGCAAUCCUCGUGAACCCGUUUUACAUGACCGAUGGCGUCUCGACCUGGCGUCCUCGUGCGGAGGUAAUGCAGUCGAGCCGCCACCGCUCCCAACUUGUCCCAGAAGAUUCACACUACCGUGGGGAGAUCACUCAGAACGCUGGGGCUGCGGCGACUCGCGUCGUCGGCGGGCCCGAGCGCUUGCUGCCCAGCCUGACUGCCCCAGGGGCGCCCGCGCCGGUGCGGCGUCGGCAGCGAGCUCAGCAGCAACGUCAAGCCGCUGUCGUUCGGCGGAAGGCGAAGCGCGACCAGCUCGACGAGCCCGAGGGGGAGGCCGGCUACCUGGCAAGGCGCAGGGUGAAGCCGGUGACGCUGCAGCGCUACCAGCAGGCGAUGAGGAGCUUCACGGAGGCGUUCCCUCGGGCGGGGCAGGCGGAUUGCUCUCUGCAGGAGUUCGACAUGCUGCUCGAGAAGUACCUCGCCAUCCAGUUCUUCAACGUCGGAGCGCGAGCUCACGAGGCCAGAGACGUGCUGUACGGCAGCGCCUGGAUGCGACGCGUCCCGGCGUCGCGCCUGCCCGCGGCCCUCAGCGCCCUCGACGGCUUCAAGAAGGAGGACCCGGGCCUUUCCCGCGACCCAUGCCCAUGGGAAGCGACGGUGUGCAUCGCCGCGGCCAUGAUGAUGCUCGACAGCUCGCUGGGACCGUUGGCAGCGGCGGCGGUCCUCCUCGGGUUCGACACCUACAGCCGGCUCGGUGCGCCCCUCAACAUCAAGGGGCGCGACCUGCUCAAGCCGGUCCGAGGCAUGAGGCCUCAACGGUGGGCCGUCGCGUUCUUCCCCGGGCCCGACGGCGUGGUCAGCAAGACGAAGACGCAGGGCGACGCCGUGCUCAUUGGCGAGACGCACGCGGACCGGCAGCGGCUCAACCAGCUCUUGCCACCGCUGGUCAGCGGUCUCGCCGCGACCGACAAGGCCUUUCCGAUCAGCCAGGCGCACUUCAGAAAGCUCUUCGAGCGAGCCGUCAAGUCCCUGGGCAUGGAGGCGCUGAAGUUCGUGCCCCACAUGCUGCGGCGCGGAGGGCCCAGCGCCGACUCCCUCGCAGGAGUGCCGCUGGCGGAGAUCCAGCGCCGAGGCCAGUGGGCUGCUCUGAG